AUGUUACCAUGUGUUUCUCCCUCUAAACCUUUGGACCUUGUUGACUACCUUAGGUAUGAAAACCAAGAGCUUCUAGCUGAGUCUAUUUUUCCUUUGGCUGUUGGGCUCCCUCAGAGUAGGCAACUUUUGGAUGGUGUUUUAGUGGCUAAUGAAGUGGUGGAUAUGGCGAAAAAGGAGGGAAGUAGUUGUUUACUUUUUAAGGUGGAUUUCGAGAAAGCAUACGAUAAUGUGUGUUGGGACUUUCUUAGAUUUAUGUUAAGAAAGAUGGGGUUUGGGGAGUUAUGGAUGAAGUGGAUGGAGGCGUUGAUAUUCACGAGUAAAAUGUCGGUGCUUGUUAACGGUAGUCCUACAAAGGAGUUCGUGGUUGAGAAAGGAUUAAGGCAAGGGGAUCCCCUUUCGCCUUUUCUCUUCGUUAUAGUGGCGGAGGGUUUAAAGGGGGAUAGUGAAGGGAGUUGGAAGCAAGUUUGGGUGAUCAAAGCCAUUUUAAGAGGUUUCGAAAUGGUUUCGGGUCUUGGGAUUAACUACCACAAAAGUAAACUCAUUGGAAUUAAUUUGAGUGAUCACUUCUUGGAUUUUGCCUCUAAUUUUUUGUCUUGUAGGAGGGAGGAAAAUCAUUUCAUAUUUCUCAGUAUUCCUAUUGGUAUUAAUCCUAGAAGGAUUUCUUCUUGUAAUGGGAUUUUGAGUAAGUUAAAAUCUUGGCUUUUGGAUUGGAAGGCCCGGUUGCUUAGUUUUGGAGGUAGGCUUACUCUCCUUAAAUCCGUUCUUUGUAGCCUUUCGAUUUUUAUGCUUUCUUUCUAUAAGGCUCCGAAGAAGGUUUUAAAGGAUAUCACGAGGUUCAUUAGUGGUAGAGGUUAUAAUAUCUCUUUUUGGCACUCAAGGUGGAUGGAGGAUUCUUGCUUAAGGGAAUUAUUCCCGGAGGCAUACAAGCUUUCGGUCUUGAAAUUUGUAUCGAUAGCUUGCAUGGGAGGAUGGAAGGACGAGGUUUGGAAGUGGGGGGACUUCGGAAUUAGAGGCCAAAACAGCCCCGCUGCUGUUGACACAGUGCAGCGGCUGCACAUGCACCUUCGUGACUGGCAGCCAGUUCGGGCCUUGCGGGAUGGAGUGGUUUGGUUGCCGGAUCCGGUUCAUGGCUUUUCGGUAAGAAGCUUUUAUGAUUUUUCUAAUUGUUUUCAUGUUCCGUUGGGUCCGGAUUUGGAAUUUUCUUUAGCUUUUAAUCGCAUUUGGAAGUUAGAUGUUCCUUCCAAGAUCAAAUCUUUUGGGUGGCGGUGUUUCAUUGAUAGAAUGCCGACGUUGGAUCUCCUCCUCAUGAGAGGUAUUUCUUUCUCUCCGGGUUUUUCUUGUAGGUUGUGUGGUUUGGAGGCGGAAACGUUGGUUCAUCUUUUAUUUAAAUGUCGGGCUUCCAUUUUAAUUUGGAAAGACAUGGCUUCUUGGAUUGGUUAUGAUGGUUAUGCUUUGGAUAGUCCUUUAAGUAGUUUCAUGGGUUGGCUUGGUUUUUGCAAUCGCAAGAAGGUGAGUGUGGGUAAACAAGGGACUAUUUGGUUGGCAACGUGUUGGUCUAUUUGGAUGCUUAGGAAUGGGAUCAUUUAUCGGAACGAUUGUUGGAAUAUUUUUGAUACCGUUUGGAGCAUCAAGGCGCUUAUUUGGAGGUGGUCUUUUAUUGGGAAAAUUAAUCAAACCAAUUAUAACUUCUACGAGUUUAGCAAAUCCCCUUUGUUAUAUCUUUCCUAG